AAUAAAACAGUCGAGCUAAUUGUGUUAUUCUCAAAUAAUCCGGGUCGAUCAAUGAUUAGCCAAACUACUUGACUUUAUAUAUAUAUAUAUAUAUAUAUAUAUAUUUGCAUGCCCUAAGAAUCAGGGCAACAUGUUUUCAAUCUCGAAACGUGCUCAAUUAUCCUUGUUCAUCGUGAUUUGCCUAAUUUUGUUAGGACAGAGUGAGGCCCGGAGUGUUGGCGAUGAAUCCGAAACCCAGGAUCAGUUGGAAAAUGCGAUCACAGAUGAAACGACGGAGUAUCUGCGAUCCUACGGCGCCAAGAUGAAGUCCUAUAUGAACUUAAGCGUGGCGCCCUGCGAUGAUUUCUAUGAGUACGCGUGCGGAAACUGGAAGAACGUGAACCAGCCGCGCCAGGCCGUCCACAAACGGAGCAAUCUGCUGGACAUUGUCUACACGCUGGCGGAUGUGACGGAGCAGCUGAUGACCAGGACCCAACUGGCGGAGGCGCUAAACGUGUCCGGCGAACUGCUGGUUGCACAACGCUUCUAUAACGCCUGCCUCACGGCCGUGGUCUAUCCGCUGCCGGCUGCCGAUCCGGCUUAUCUAUCGCUUAUCAGGUCGCUCGGUGGAUUCCCCGCCGUCGAUCGCGAGGCCUGGAACGCCUCCAGCUUCAGCUGGUUCAACAUGAGCGCCCAUCUCACCAAUUACGGGGUCGCAGGACUGAUCAACGAGCAUCUCCUGACGCAGUAUCCCUUUACCCCCUACUUCAAAUUGCCGGAAUUGGGCUUCGACCAUGUCGUCCAGACGGACAACAUUGUCAAUUCCAGUUCCCGGGCCUACCAGCUGAAUGAGAAGCGCAUGCGCGGCUAUCUGCAGGCCUUCAAUCUCACCGAGGAUAACGUAUCCGCCGUGAUAGCCGGCGUCUUUGACUUUUGGCGCGAGGCACUUGCCAUCAACGAUAAGUUUGAGGGUAAUGACGACAUGUGUCUUGUACUUAGCACCUUGCAAGAGGUGCCGCCAUUUAGCCAAUGGAGCAGCUAUUACGACAUCGCCUGGACGGGCCUAGACUUCCAGAAGGGCGAUCCAAGCCAUUCGGGCGAUUCGGGCUACUGCGACUAUUACUACACGGAGCUGGACAAGGUGUGUGCCAGACAUCAGGAGGCCGUGGCCAACUAUCUGGCCAUGCUGCUCCUCUACCGCAUGGAUGCCAAGCUGAAGGAGGAAAAGUACCACAAGGAGCACUGCCUGACCACCGUCCACUUCACGAUGGCCCAUCUCUUCAACAAGCUAUACAUGGCGGAGUACUUCAGCGAGGACACCCAUACCGAGAUCUCCGACAUGGUGAAGGAGUUGCGCAAGGCGCUGCGUCAAACGCUGGAGAGCGUGGAGUGGCUGGACACGGAGACGCGACGAGAGGCGCUGCUCAAGGAGGCCAGCAUCACGCCGCAAAUUGGUAGCUACAAGGAUGCGGAGCUGGCCGACACCCUGAUUCGCCAGAUAGCGAAUCUAUCCGUGGUCGAGGACAACUUUGCCCAGAGCAUGAUCAAUCUGCGGCAGUUGGGAACCUGCUUGCGACGCUACAAUGGCCUGCAUUUCGAGCAGAUUGCCAACGACUCGAAGCCACUGGACUUGAUAGUGGGCAUGCAGGUGAAUGCCUUCUACUACAACCUGGAUAACUCGAUGUACGUGAUGGCUGGCAUCCUGAAUCCGCCCGCAUAUCAUCGCUCCUGGCCCGACUCCCUGAAGUUUGGCACCCUGGGCUAUCUGGUGGGCCACGAACUGACCCAUGGCUUCGAUACGGUGGGCUCCACUUUCGACAGCGAAGGGGAACUGCGCAAUUGGUGGUCCAGGAAAUCGGGAGCAGUGUUCCACGAACGAGCCCAGUGCUAUGUGGAUCACUUCAGCAACUACUUGAUACCGGAGAUCAAUCAUAAGAUCAAUGGCAACGGGACCAAGGAUGAGAAUAUCGCAGACGCCGGUGGACUGAGGGAGUCCCUCGCCGCCUAUCGCAGCCACAUGAAGCAGCUCCAAAAGAGCGCUGGCGAAAAUAACGAGACAUUGGCGCCCCAACGAAACGAGCAGAUGCCCGGCCUCGACGUUUCGCCGGAACAGCUCUUCUUCCUCGGAUUUGCCCAGCUCUGGUGUGCCGCCUACGAGGAGGAGCACUACUGGGAGGAGCUGACCCAGGAGCACACCAUCGACAAGUACCGGGUUCUGGGUGCCGUCUCCAACAACGAGGACUUUGCUGAGGUCUACAAUUGCCCUCUGGGAAGUGCCAUGCAUCCAAAGGCCGAAACUUGUCGCGUGUGGUAAUCUUAGUCGAUAUCAUCUUGAUAUUAAAAGAAGGCUAUAAAAUUACUUCUUAAAAUGUAAUACAAAAAAACGAAUAAAGAAUAAAAAUCAGAUAAUAUGCUUUAGUUAUUAAUUUUUUGCUAUUAUGAAAAUAAAGCUACUCAGCAUUUGCCCUCAAAACAAA